AUGGCAGAACAACUCAACAUGAACGGCCUGUCCCUCAAGGACUCCGCCCACGCUCCUCCACCAGGCCCUGCUCAGCCGCCGCAGCAGCAAAACGGCGGCUUCAACGGAGAGCGCUCCGCAUACAUUCCACCCCACAUGCGCCAACGCGGCGGAGGUGGUCCUCCAGCCGGCCGUCCAAACGGCUUCGAUGGUCCACCACCAGGCCCCAACGGCUUUCCACCACAAAAGUAAGUUCGGCCUCAUCCUGGCCUGAAAUCCCGGUCAUGACGCCAAGACUGACGUGACGAUUCUGUAGCGGCGAUUUUGGCGGUCCUCCACGCCAGCAAGGCGGCAACUGGGGCGCUGCUCAGUCCUUCACUCCUCGCGGCAACUGGGACAACUCGCCUCAGCUCCCUCGCGGCUUCGAUCGUAACGCAUACGGCGCACCGGGCGGCGGCAGCGGUGGCGGCAGCGGCGGCCGUCAGCACACAGGAGCAGGAGACGGACAGUGGAGAGAUGGCAAGCACGUGCCAGGCCCGUCGAACCCACGUGUGGAGCGUGAGUUGUUCGGCGUCGCGAACGACCCAACCAAGCAACAGACCGGUAUCAACUUUGAGAAAUACGAUGACAUCCCGGUGGAGGCGUCCGGACAGGGCGUGCCAGAGCCUGUCGUUACCUUCACCAACCCACCACUCGAUGACCACCUCAUUUCGAACAUCGAGCUUGCAGGCUACAAGAUCCCGACGCCUGUGCAGAAAUACUCCAUUCCGAUUGUCAUGGGCGGCCGUGACCUGAUGGCUUGUGCCCAGACCGGUUCCGGAAAGACUGGUGGUUUCCUCUUCCCCAUUCUCUCCCAGGCAUACCAGAACGGCCCAAGUGGCAACGUCCCGCAGCAAUCAGGCUUUGCCCGCCAGCGCAAGGCCUACCCGACCUCCCUCAUCCUCGCCCCGACUCGUGAGCUUGUCUCUCAGAUCUACGACGAGGCCCGCAAGUUCGCCUACCGAUCGUGGGUCCGUCCGUGCGUCGUCUACGGUGGUGCAGACAUUGGCUCUCAGCUCCGCCAGAUCGAGCGCGGCUGCGACUUGCUCGUGGCUACUCCAGGUCGUCUGGUCGACUUGAUCGAGAGAGGCAGAAUCUCGCUUGCUAACAUCAAGUACCUCGUUCUCGACGAGGCUGACCGCAUGCUUGACAUGGGUUUCGAGCCACAGAUCCGCCGCAUUGUUGAGGGUGAGGACAUGCCACCAACCGACGGCCGCCAGACCCUCAUGUUUUCGGCCACCUUCCCACGAGACAUCCAGAUGCUGGCUCGCGACUUCCUCCGAGAGUAUAUCUUCCUUUCGGUUGGUCGUGUCGGUUCCACCUCGGAGAACAUCACCCAGAAGGUUGAGUAUGUCGAGGACAUCGACAAGCGUAGUGUGCUCCUCGACAUCCUGCACACUCACGGCGCAGGACUCACGCUCAUCUUCGUCGAGACCAAGCGCAUGGCCGACUCCCUCUCCGACUACCUCAUCAACCAGGGCUUCCCGGCCACCUCCAUUCACGGUGACCGCACUCAGCGCGAGCGUGAGAAGGCUCUGGAGAUGUUCCGUACUGGACGCUGCCCGAUCCUUGUCGCCACCGCUGUGGCUGCACGAGGUAUGUUUUCAUCCUUUCUAUUCACGAAUCCUCUGCGCACAUCAUCUCAAAUCCCACCUUCUCGUUCACGCACUCUCGCUGUGGUUGCAUGUGUUUGGGAACUCCACUGACGAAAACAAAACAGGUCUCGAUAUCCCCAACGUGAUGCACGUCGUGAACUACGACCUUCCCACCGACAUCGACGACUACGUCCACCGCAUCGGUCGUACUGGACGUGCCGGAAACACCGGUAUCUCUACCGCCUUCUUCAACCGCGGCAACCGUGGUGUCGUUCGGGAUCUCAUCGACCUUCUCAAGGAGGCCAACCAGGAGGUUCCAAGCUUCCUCGAGACCAUCGCUCGUGAGGGCUCCGGUUUCGGUGGCGGCGGUCGUGGCGGUAGGUCCGGCGGUCGUGGCCGCGGCAGUGCUGCCAUGAAGGAUGUCCGUACCUACGGCGGUGGCCAGCGCCCAGCUUACAGCGGCGGCGCGAGCGGCGGUGGCUUCGGUGGUGGCAGCGGAGGCUACAGCGGCGGUGGCGGCUACGGAGGUGGCUACGGCGGUGGUGGUGGCUACGGCAACCCGACUGGACCAUCCGGCCCCAACAGCUGGUGGUAGAUGCCUCCACCCACCUCCUUCCACGGACAUUGUUUUCCUUGCGUUCUUGGUGCGAUUCUUUGCUUUUCCUUCCGGACACUUCGGCGGAUCGAACGAGCGUGCGACAACUCAUUAUACCCAAACCAGCAUGAUAGACUGCGUUGACUUUCCGGGCUCAUUUGCAUUUGCAACGGCGUGGGGAGACGGCGCAUUGAAAGAUUGA